AGUCUCUGAUAGCCAACUCUCGGAAGCAGACCGAUAAGCGCUUUUCGGGCAAUUCCGCCAAACCAAAACAACUGAAAAAUACCCAACAGCCAAGUGAAAAGCCAAGCAAACUAAGUUGUAGCCAAAAACCCAAGACAAACGGGCCCUCUUCUGGUGUUCCGUUUAGUUUUUUUGGGCAAUUUUGAAGCAAAAUAGCCGCAUUCACAAAGCGAAACGCAAAAAACCUAAAAGUCAAAACAAAUCAGUGCAGCAGCCGCCAAUUGCAUCGCAUAUUGCUCUCUGUGUUGUGUCAGUGUGUUGUGUGUAUAAGUGUGCGUGUGUGUGUGAGUGCUGGUAAGAAAACUGAGAGAAAAGUGAAAAGUAACGACCGGCAAAAGCGCGAAAAACGAAAAACAAAAAAAACUUUCCCCGCAGGAAACUCGAACUGCAAGCUGACGUUACAAGCGGUCAAAAUUGGAUUAUGCUUAGGCACAAACGCAACUGCCACGCCAUUCAGACGCCCAGCGACGCCGAGCAUGUGAAGUUAAAGCCGCAUUUUCAUCCGCCCCAGUGGCUCCUGCACCGCGUCACCUUCUCUUUGGAGCUGUAUCACAAGAAUAUCAUCAAGAAACUGCCCAGUCUUGGCCAAUUUCACGUUUACCGGCUGACCAAGAACGUCUGCCAGACUUAAGUAAUACCCAUAACAAAUAUCCCCAUAUAGUCCGCAAUAAACUCCACAAAAAAGACAAAGUGCGUUUAAUAACCAUUACAAAAAAAGUGUAACUGAUUGGGAAGAAGUGUGCAACAAAUAUCCACAAAAUCAAAUACUCAAGUGCAAUAAAAAAAGUAAAAGUGAUUAAAGUGCGAAAAGAAAAUGUGGCCAACCAUUAAGGCCAAGAUCAAGUUCUAAGUUCAAAUAAACAGACGUAAAAAAAGACUAGAAAAUCUAGCGUGUUUUAAAGCGCUGGAAACUAAAAUAACCCCCCCUGAAAGUAGUAUAACCGAACGUACAAAAAUGUCCACCGGCCGCCGUUUGGCCAAGCGCUCCAUCAUCGGCACCAAGGUGUGCGCCAAGGGUCCGGAUGGCCUCUGGUACUCCGGCACCAUAUCCGACGUGAAAACGCCGCCCUCGUACAGCGGACCGCUCUCGCCGCCGCCGCCGCCCACUUUUGUGGUGCCCGGCGAGGCACCGAUUAAUGCCGAUACGCGCUACCUGGUCCGUUUCGAUUUCAAGACCGCCGUCGAGUCCCCAACCGCUACCACGUCGUCCGCGGCCUCGACCUCGUCCACAUCCUCCACAGAUCCGUCGGUCAUCGUGGAAACGCGUCGCGCUGCCAACGUACACAUCAGUCCCGCUCAGGCACUGCGUCGCAGCGCCAUGAUCAAGGAGUUCCGCGAGUCGGAUCUUAUUGGACCCGGAUUCCGGUCCAUCAUGGACACCGAACUGCAGCCUGGCCAGCGGGUCUACUUCACCUACAAUGGACGCGAGCAGAGCGGCGAUGUCGUCAAACACGACGCUACCAAGGAUGAGGUGAUUGUCAAGAUCACAACAGUUGGAAAUGAGGAACCCAUUGAGCUGAAGAAGCGACUGGAGGAAGUGCGUCUGCUGGAAUCGCGACGCUCCGCCCGUCUGGCAGACCAGGAUCGCGACACGGACUUUGCCAGACUCGCCGACAUGAGUGGCGAACGCCGCAGAACCACCACACACAGUAUUGAGGUGCCAUCGCAGCUGACGGCGCAGCACAAUUCCCGGAAACGUCCGCCCAGCGAUCACCAGGACUACGGCAACUAUCUGGAAACAUGCCGUGCCGCCGAGAUUCUGUCAUCGAUGAAGUUGCAGAGUCCGCAUGGCUCAAUGGCCGACAAGUGCUCGAGUCCCGGCAGCAGCUCUUCGGCUUCCUGGAGCUCCGGUUCCCCGUCGCCGCCAUUGAGUGACGACGGCCACGCCCACCACAGCCCACACAAUAUCAUGUCGCCCCACGAUGCGGACAACGCACGCACACGCACAGCAUCCGUGUCCACGUCGGACGAGGGCAUUGUCAUCGACUACAAGGAGGAGCGCAAGAAAAAGUCCAAAAAGUUCCGAUGCGUCUAUCGAGGAUGUGUUGGCGUGGUAGACGAUCUCAAUGGAGUCGUGCGUCACAUUAGGAAAACACAUUUGGGAAAGGACUCCCAUCGCUCCGCGGAUGAUGACGGAAAUGAGGAGGACUUCUACCUCGAGGAUGCCGACGACGACGUCGAGCAGGUGAAGCCCACUCUGGCCUCCGAGCCGACUCUGAGUCACCGGGACAUGGCGCGUCCGCCGCACGAGGAUCCCGAGUACCAGAAGCAGAUUGUUGGCAACUUCAAGCAAGGACGCGGCGGUAGCCACUAUAACCAUCUAGCGCAGUCGCACGGACGCACCAUCAGUGGCAGCAACAUCCCGAGCACCCACCAGCAGCAGCUGCAGAACAACAACACCAGCUGCAUCCCCACUUCGCACCUAGCCCACCACAACUACACAUGCCCGGCGGCGACGGCGACAGUGGGCAGCUACUCCUCCACGGGGACGGGGUCGGUGGCGGCCAGUUCAUCAGCCUCGCCGAUCGGCAAGCACGCUCGCUCGUCGUCCUCCCGUCCGACCCACUCGGUAGCGCCAUAUCCAUCGCCGACGUACGUCCAGCAACAGCAGCACCACCAACACACGCACCACCACAAUUACGCCGGCAGCAGCGGCAGCAGCAACAGCAGCAGCAGCAGCAGUCCAGUGAUCCACAGCAAUAGCAGUGCCAACAACAUGCUGCAGCAGCUGUCGCAGCAGAACGUCACAGUGACGGCGCACCACAGCCAGCAGCAGCAGCAACUGCAGCAGCAGCAACACCACCAGCAGCAGCAGCAACACAGCCACCAACAGCAGCAGCAACAUCUCCUGUCCAGUGUGACGAUCACGCCCAAUUUCCAUCCGGCGCAGCAGCAGCACCACCACCAACCGAUGCGCGGCCACCAGCAGCAGCAUCCACAGACAACUGCCGGCAACAUGGUUGCCCAAAACAACAGUAACAACCACAGCAACGGAAGCAAUCCGCUGCAGCAGCAACAGCACAUGGCGCAACAGGUAGCCGUCAAGCAUACGCCCCAUUCGCCCGGCAAGAGGACGCGUGGCGAGAACAAAAAGUGCCGCAAGGUGUACGGCAUGGAGAAACGCGACCAGUGGUGCACCCAGUGCCGGUGGAAGAAGGCGUGCAGUCGCUUCGGCGACUGAAAGCGACAGAAGUCGUCGACGGAGGCGGCAAACCAGGCGUCGGCGCACCAGUCCAAGGCAGCAACAGCAGCAUCAUCAGCAGCAUUAUCAUCAUCAGCAUCAGCAACAGCAACACCCAACCCAGAAGCAAUAUCAGCAACUCCCAGCCCGGCAGCAACAUCCUCAACGUCCUCUAAAAUGACCACCACAGUGGUGCGUUUGGCGGCCGAGGUGGCUGCCGGCAAGCAGCUACCCUCGUCGUUGACCAUCAAAACCAACAAGCGCUACGGUGGCCCGGUGCAGCAGCAGCAACAACAACCGCAUCCGUAUGCGGUCACCGCCAACAGCAACACAAUUAGCAAUCGGCCGGUGCGUAUACGCAGUGUGGCCACCUCGGUGAUUGUGGCGCCCAUUGCCUGCGCAGCAACGACGACGAACACCACUCCCAGCCACAUGGAGGACACGGAUGCUGACGAGGAUGCUGACGAGGAGCUAGAGGAGAUGGAGCAGGAGGAUCAGGAGCAGGUGGAUCCGGAGGCGCUCGAGGAUCAGGAGGAGGCACAGGUGGCUGCUGCCAACGGCCUGCUGGCCUGGAGCCGAGCAGCCGCCAAUCAGCAGCAGGCGCAGGCUGUGCUGAUGCAGGGCUAAGUCCACCUGAGCCGCCACCGAGUGCACCGAUAGCUUGCUGACUCCUGGAUGGCUGUCGGUGGCAGCUGUUGCCACCCCGAGGACACAAAACGCAAAAAUGCAAAUGAAAAAUGGUCUCUUCUUAUUUACUCUGCAUUGAAUUGUGCACCUUAAACACGUAACGGUAUCUCUUUUGUUGUUGUGCAGGUGUUUGCCAACUGCCGUGCAAAUGUUGCUGACAUUUGCGCCCGGGCAACAUUUGCAAUCUACAAUAAUCUAAUUAUUAUUAUUAUAAUUAUUAUUAUUACUAUUAUUGCAGUGCGUAAAUAUACAUAUACAUAUACAUAUUUAUUUCUAAAAUGACUUUGUUAAUUCUUAUGUUAAAAAGCUGAAAAGCAGUUGGCAACUUUUUAUAUACACAAAAUGCGAAAGCAACAAACAGUUAAAAUACGUAUGCCAGCUGUUUUUUCAUAAAACAUAACAAAAAAAUGCAAAAGAAAAAAUAGCAAAAACAAAAAAAAUAUUUAAAGCAAAUAUACAUUUGAUUUUUUUUAAUUGUAAGAACUCUAGUAAAUUUUUUUCUAGUAUUAAGUGCAAUUUCUGUUCUACUUCUCGCUCUAAACAAAGAAAACAAAACGAAAUGAUAUGAAAUGUAAGAAAACGAAGCAAACCAACUCAAACAAACAAACAAACAAAUCAAAAUGAAACAAUCGGAGGUGCUGCAGAAAUCACUUUGCUUGGAAUUCACAUUGAUGUACGUAAGAAUUCAUCACGAAGUGGUUUCUGUGUUGCCUCCGAUUGAAAGCAGAAUAUUCAAAUGAAAACCUAAAAAUAUGCAUAUUAAAUAUUCAAGGCGUUGCAUCUACACAUUAAAUAGGCAUAAACGAAAAAAAUAGUUAAAUUACUUGCAUAAUCACAUGUAACUCAAAUCCAAGAGCCGUUUAAACAAUUUGUAAGUGUGUGUGUUAAGCGCUAAGAGUUAAGUAUUAAUCGACUUCAUGCAUACGAGCGGCAAUAGAUGGACACACAGCUAAAUAAUCUAGUUAAUUAAGCACCCAGCCACCACAGACCCACCCACAACCAAGUACCCAAAAGCCCAAACUCUCAAACAACUCUAUAGAACAAUUACCCCUCAACCCGAAGACCCGACAUCCCGAGAUCCAAAAACCACGAUAAUGUAACAUAUAGACGUACGAGCAACUUAAACUUAAACGUAGUGAAUUUUAAAAACAAACAAACAAACCAAGCAAACAAACAAGCAAACAGACAGACAGACAGGCCGACAGACAAACAGAUGGAUUGUGAGGUAGAUCUUAUCCUUAUCGAGAAUCGUCGAAAUUUCAAUUGGAGCCAGAAGGAAAACACUUUAAAACAUGUUCAAAUUUUUAAUAAAUUGUUAAGUUGAUAUUUUCUAAAAACACACAAAAACGAAAAAUGAGCUAAAUUUGUCUAUUAAUUAAUUUGUAAUGAACUUAUGACUAAAAACUAAGAUUUAAAACAAAAAACAAAAACUUUUUGCGUUGUGCAACUGUUGUGAAUUGUUCAAAUUACGGUAUACACAUACAAACAAUGACGUCACAAAGGACCCAGCGAGGUUUGCGAGGAUAUAAGCAGAUGUAGCCCAUCUAGGGAUAGCUACGCAUUGAGAUUGAAGAGCAGGAGAAUUUACGAAUGAAGAAAUGAAAAUACACAAGGAAUUCUUAACCAAAUUGGAAGUACAAACUAAAGUCUAGAAUAUGUAAAUAUAGAACCCUCAAUACACACACUUAACGAACGGAAGUAAAAGGGAAUACGAAGCGGAAGUGCAAUGGGGGAACCCACGAAAAAAUAAUGUUGAUGGGAGAGGAGGAGCGGAGGGAAAAUUGAGCUUAGGCGGCAGCAGCUUUAAAAAUAUUUCAAAAUGAAAAUGAAAAGUUAGGGAGAGCGGGAAAAUUGAAAGAUAAAGCGGAAGCAGAAGCGAAUGCAAAACCGUAAGGAGAAAGUAAAACACGAAAGCGAAAAUUUCAUUGAAAUUGUUUGCCGUGAUUUGAAUGAAAUUCAUAAUGGUGGCCAUUUUUGUGUAAUGCGAAAAAGUUUAACAACAUUUUUUACACUUGUAUUUCGUUUUUAUUAACUAUAAGUUUAACAAAACAACAACAACAACAACAACAAGAACGAUUGUAAGCAAACGGAGUAAAAUGCAACUGAAAACGGAGAAAAUGCAAUACAUUUUACUUAUUUUUGUCUGUCGCCCCAGGACGGCGUCUAUUCUUUAUUACGAAUUAUGAUUACGAGUAUGAUUAUUGUCAUCAUUUUUAUUGUUUUUCUUGCUAAUUUUCGUGCACCACACACAAACACCCCACACAAGCGUAGUUAAGUGCGCACACUCGAUCUAUUUCGUUGCGUUCUGGAAAUUAUUUAAACUUAAGUGAUAUUUUUAAACAAACAAACAAAACAAAGAUGCAAGAGGAAAGAAAACUAUCCAUUAUUAUAUAAUUAUCGCUAAUAUUUCUUACUAUUUUAUGUGUACGAUUACCAAGAUAUCACGAAAAGAGCAAGAAAUACAUGGCAGGCAAAGUCCCUCGAUCGGAAUAUCCUCAAAAUUCCGAUCGGAGAUUAGAACUGGCCCGGAAAACAAACGGAAAGUGACAACGGAUGAAGCAAAAUGAAAAUGCUUACACAAGAUGAAAGAUGAAGAUUUAUGGAGGAAAAUAUCAGAAAUAAUCCAUCGAACAUGAAUUCUAGAUUCAUUCAAUAGCGAGAAAUAAUAUUUCUUUUUAAUUUUUAUCUUGAAAAGAAUACCACACAACAACAACAAGAACACCCAUUUUAUUAAAAAAUAUACAAUUGUUAUUUAUAAUUAAACAAAACAAAAACGAACCACUUUGUUUUUAUUAUGAUUUCACAUUUUCACCUUGGUUACCUUGGUUUCACCUAUUCAGUUAUUAUUCGUUCAUUUGGGAGCGAAAGUUUUCCGCACUCACGGAAACUCCAGCCGCAAUCCCCUUUAUAAGAAGAAUGCAUUUCUCGAACAGACACGGUUUCUCCCAGGGUCUCAGACGUAGAACAGAUGGUAUCGAUACAAAUUGUAAAACUUUCUACUGGAUCGAUUGGUAUUCCGUUGAUAGAAUGGAGCCAGAAACAGAAACAGUUGCUAGAUCCUUAUGAUCUUAUGUUGGAUUAUUCUUUCCGCUGGUCUAGGAUGUACAGAGAAGCAGUGCUUACAUAACAACAGAUCGAUGUGUUUAUCUCUUAACUAGCUAUAUAGUUAUUAUCGGGCAUAUUUGCCAACGUGUACGUCUAAGCAGCAUAUGCAUGUACAAUAGAUGGAAACUUAUGAUAUUUCAUCGGAUAUUUAUCGUCGUUAUUGAUGUGUAAACAUAAAAUUAACUCUAAGCUAAGAUGGACUCGGAGUAGUCCCUUAAGGAGGAUCGAGUUCGGUUUAAAUUAGAAAUCUCACGGCAGCUGGCGGCCGGAUCCGGAUGAAGAUUCGGAUCUGGCGCAGCGAAUGCUGGUUCAGCGCGGUAUGUUGCAUCCACUAAACGAUAACUAAGUAAUUAUACUUGAUACAUUAUAUACAUAUACAGUACAUUUAGGUGUGUAGCUAGGGGCAAAGUGUCUGAGCGAUUUUUGAGCGAAUCGGACCGUGGACUUUGGACUUUGGAACUCCGCACGGGCAUAUCUAAGUUAUAUCCGUGAGAGUUCGCUUCCGGUUCCGGGCAGAAUCGAAGCUCAGCGACCGUGGCUGCGGCCUGCGCGUCUUUGUGUGUGUGUUGGUGUUCAUUUUUUGGAUAAUUGGAAAGCGAAAUUAGUUUUAAAACAAAAUUGCAUUCAAUAUAAGGCUGAUUUAUUUGACUUGUUCAUUUUGAUAUAUACACUCAAGCACAACACACUCAAACACACACACACUUACAAACACUCACACACCGAAAACACACACGCACACUCACGCAUAUCAGCCAGGCAGCUAACGGUGCUAGACAUUGAAUUCCAUUUAAGAUUAAGUGCAUUAAGUCGGUUAGUUUAGUGAGUAUCCAGCAAAAGACUUGCGCAUCGUUUAUUUGGCUGCGUUUUCACGAAUCCAUUCACUUCAAUCCAUUCACCCACUCGCAUUUAUCCAUUUCAUAGUCGAGAAUCGAACAGAAGCGGGCAAAAGAAGCUAUAUCCUGGGGAUCUUGCGUAUUUCGUAGCAUACCUCAGGGGGCUGAGGUGAGAAGUUGUUGGACGGAAACGGAAACAAGUGCUCUACACUGCCAGCAACGAAAAUCCGCAUCUGAAUCACCACAUUCUGCUUAAGGAACACACGAAUUCGAGGAAGCAAUAAGCUGUUUAUACAAUCAAAUACCCUGUAAUCAUGUAUCAUGCACACAUUAGAGCAUUCUUGUGAACUGACUGAUACUUCAAACCAAAAAAGAAAAAAAGAAAAAAAAACAAGAAACCAAAAUAGAAGGCGAGAUUAUGUAUAGGGAAUAUCACGAAUAUCAGACGUGAUAUCAUCUAACAUAAGCCGCUUAAAGUUAAGCGAGAAAUCAUAAUUUCAAUAAUAGGUUUUAAAUAAGUUUUUCUACCCAAGAGUUGUUGUAACUUUUUUACAAUUUAAAAUUUAAAUUUAUGAUAAUUGGCAGGACAAUUGUUUUGAUAACUGAAAAUGGCGCAAGCAUAAGGAUGAGAAUUUCGGCCGAAAUUGUACUCAAUUAUAUUGCAUUGAUUAUUGGCUGGCAACUGAAACCACUAGAUGUCUUCAAAAAAGAUUGGCUAAAUGCAUCCUUGAUUUCGAAAAGACUUUUUCUUCGGGUGGGCAGACGCCCCCCCACUGAAUAUUUAUGGGUUAACGCAGUAGAGCCCAUGGUGUCGUGGAAAUUAAAAAUUAAAUCUAAACAUUUAACAAUUACUAUGUAACAUUAACAAUAAUCGGCUUAGUUGGGAUAACUGAGAACUUUACUAGGAUCUAGGCGAUAUGAGAGAUGAACGUUGAAGGACUUGACGCGACUUGAUUAUAAUUAGACGCUCCCACUUCCCCCCGUUCCCACCACAUUUGUAUUUGUAUCCGUAUUUGUAUGUCUAGCAUUAGGGGCAUCCCCCAGCACACACGCACACGCAUACACACCCACACACACACACACAACCAUUCAUCAUCACCUUGAACUUUUCGUGUUUUUAUGUGUAGUUCGUAAGCGAUGAAUGAGCACGAGAUGAAUCUAUGAUAUAAUAUACUUGUUGUUGUGUCCACAAUCUAUAGGAUUAGCCUACCCGAAAUCAGAUCGAUGCAUCCUUGUUUUGUUUACCUUGUUGACUUGUUUGCUGUUACGAAUAUCUAUCGAUUCUAUUAUCCCCACUGUGUACUUAACUCGGUUCUGCUUGGACUGGCCAGCUAGUUGAACUGGCGAAGUCGGCGAAGUUAGGCUAGAGCAUAAUUUAAAGGCAGGCGACGGUCGCCAGGAUCGCCGUGCCGCCACUGAUCACCACAUAACAAGGUACAAAAGAGGGGCAAUUGGGGCGGCAUUCAGCCCCUGCCACGCCCAUUAGCCAAAGGGGCGCAAUUAGGCCUGGAGCAGGUGAAAAUUGAGCAGAGAAGCACACAGACGACACAGAAACGGAAACAGAAAAAGAAACAGAUUCAUAAAACAGAUUUAAAUACAAUUACGAACUAGCGUAACGGAGUUUUGCAUUUCCAAACGAAUACAAUAUGAAACCAAGUAAAUAACCAGCAACUAAGUGUCGUGUAUAUUCCAUGUUAAAAAUACAGCCACUGUGCUGCAUAUAAGCAUAUAAUUAUACAUGUAUACAGUAUAAAUAUAUAUAUAUAUAUAUAUUUAACCAUAUGCAUACUUAUAUCUAACCGAAAUUAUGAAUAGCGAACGAGAACAAGAGCAAGAAAUCCCUUCAGAUGGCAAUGAUUGUUCAUAUACCCUAGAUAAAUAGUUGUGCAUUAAUCAAUCGUACAGUUGUCUCAAUGUGAAAAGCUUAAGUCCACACCGAAACUAAUGUAAUAGCAGCUAAAACUCGAGGACCCGAGGACCCCCCUCUAAGAAACCCAAUCACUGGUGACCCCACAACCAAACGUGGUGACCCCGAAACUUAAGAAAAUAAAAUACAUAACGAAUAUCCGUAAUACAGAGCAGCAGAGAUGUUUAACACUUCAAUUAAACAUUGGUGAGAAUCGAGUACCUACAAAACUGAAAGAGAUAGAGAAGCGCAAACACACGCACACACAUCCUGCACAUCCUGUGGCGGACUAGUGUGCGUGCGGGGCGACUAUAUUUUUUGCAAAGCAAAUUGUGCAGCAAAUGCAACCGAAACUAACGGAUAACGUUUUACGCGCGAACAUUUUUAGACAUACAAAAAGUAAAUCGAGAAAGGCAAUAUGAAGCGAGGGGAACACACACACAAACUACAGAUCAUAAAUAGAUAUAUUUUGCGUCUUUAUAUACAGGAAAACGGCAUAUUUGUAUAUUUACACUCAAUGUACAGAUCGAAGCUACGAAUCACAGCAGCUAGGGAUAUAUAGGAAUACUUUAGUACUUGUUGCUCGGUUGGCUUUUUAUGCUUCAUGUUAACUCCGAACCCAGAUCAGCCCAUUAUGCCAUUAUCCAUUAACCACGGCGCGUCGGCUAGGACCGGCACGUUUUCCACUCGGUGUACUGUCCACGGAACACUGAUCUGCAUAUGUACGUAUACCUAAGGACCCAUCACACUCCAUCACACCGAAGCAUUGACUCUAACACCAAUCACGCUAUAUGGGAAGUCCCACGAAAUAAAAUCAUUUUCAAAACUAUUUUAAGCGAAUGCAAACCUACAACAAAGAAAAAGCAAGAAACUCUAAAUCAUUUCAAGCAACGUGUUUAUGAAUGUUGAUUUUAAACAAUAAAUCGAAAUCAGAAUGAAUAAAUCAUAAACAACUAAUUGUAUGGAAUAAGUUAAACAAAAUAAAAAUUCUAUGAUAAUAUAAUAAAAACAGAAAAGACAAGAGCAAAAUGAUACUUUCAAAACU